GAACUCGCAGCCCGGGCCGGCCAUGGUGCACAUCGAGACGGUGAAAACCAAGGCGUACGCCGACCAGAAACCCGGCACCAGCGGGCUGCGCAAACGCGUCACCGUUUUUCAAAACAAUGCCCACUACGCCGAGAACUUCAUCCAGAGCAUCCUGGCCACCGUGCCGCCGGCAGAACGGCAAGAGGCCACGCUGGGUGGGGGCGACGGUCGCUUCUACAUGAAGGACGCCAUUCAGAUCAUCGUCCGCAUCGCCGCCGCUAACGGGAUUGGCCGUUUGGUCAUCGGGCAGAACGGCAUUCUCUCCACCCCAGCAGUGUCCUGCAUCAUCAGGAAAAUCAAAGCCAUCGGUGGCAUCAUUCUGACGGCCAGCCACAAUCCUGGUGGGCCCAACGGAGAUUUUGGGAUUAAAUUCAAUACGGCCAAUGGAGGUCCUGCUCCAGAAGGAAUCACGGACAAAAUUUUCCAAAUUAGCAAAAAAAUUGAAGAGUAUGCAAUCUGCCCGGAUCUCAAGGUGGACCUGGGUACCAUUGGAAAACAGCAGUUUGAUUUGGAGAACAAAUUUAAACCCUUUACAGUGGAAAUUGUGGAUUCUGUAGAAGCUUAUGCAAAUAUGCUGAGGAACAUCUUUGACUUCAAUGCAUUAAAGGAACUGCUUUCGGGGAAAAACCACCUCAAGAUUCGCAUUGAUGCAAUGCAUGGAGUUGUGGGCCCUUAUGUGAAGAAGAUCCUGUGUGAGGAGCUGGGAGCACCAGCAAACUCUGCUGUGAACUGCACCCCGCUGGAGGACUUCGGUGGCCACCAUCCCGACCCCAACCUGACCUAUGCUGCUGAUCUGGUCCAAACCAUGAAGACAGGAGAGUACGACUUCGGAGCUGCCUUUGAUGGAGAUGGGGACCGCAACAUGAUUCUUGGCAAGCAUGGCUUCUUUGUGAACCCCUCUGACUCCGUUGCUGUCAUUGCUGCCAACAUUCUCAGCAUCCCUUACUUCCAGCAGACCGGGGUCCGUGGCUUUGCCCGCAGCAUGCCCACCAGCGGGGCUCUCGACAGGGUGGCCCACGCAACAAAGAUUGCUUUGUAUGAGACUCCUACUGGCUGGAAGUUCUUUGGAAACUUGAUGGAUGCAAACAAACUGUCUCUGUGCGGAGAGGAAAGUUUUGGUACUGGCUCUGACCACAUCCGUGAGAAGGAUGGGCUCUGGGCAGUCCUGGCCUGGCUGUCCAUCCUGGCUGCCCGCAAGCAGAGCGUGGAGGACAUCAUGAAGGAUCACUGGCAUAAGUAUGGCAGGAACUUCUUCACCAGAUACGACUAUGAGGAGGUGGAUGCAGAUGCAGCUGGUAAAAUGAUGAAGGAUUUGGAGACUGUGAUGUUUGACCGCUCCUUUGUGGGGAAGCAGUUAUCAGCUGGUGACAAAGUCUACACAGUUGAGAAAGCUGAUAACUUUGAGUACCACGAUCCCGUGGAUGGAAGUGUCUCCAGAAACCAGGGCUUGCGGCUCAUCUUCUCCGAUGGCUCUCGCAUCAUCUUCCGGCUGAGCGGCACCGGCAGCGCUGGAGCGACUGUGCGGCUCUACAUUGACAGCUAUGAGAAGGAUGCUAAGAAGAUCCACGAAGACCCACAGGUCAUGCUGGCUCCUCUCAUUUCUAUUGCACUGAAACUCUCACAGCUUCAUGAAAGAACCGGCCGCACCGGUCCCACUGUUAUAACAUAAAGACUCAUCCUGGCACCAAGGGAAAGAAGGCAGCCCGUCGGGUCUGUCACUAUAAAAGGAAUAUUAAUUUUAUCUGUGUAUUUAAGAACACUGCCCGCUACAGAUAGACAAUAAAAACCAGCUCCUGUCAACACUUUGUGUGCACAUUGCUGUGCUGCUUUUCUGCGUCACACAGCACUGCUGGCACGUUGGUAUGGUGCUCGUUAGCUCGGCCUGUUGGGUUAGCAUAUGUACUUCUUUUUUCUUCGCUUAAACAAAAGGCUCUAGAAAUAACAAAGAACCCAACUCCCUGAAUUACUGAUGAAUGUAUUCUCUCUCUUGGACACUUUCCUGGAAAAGAAGCGCACUUUACCCUUGUUCAUAUGUUGUCUUUAAAAUUUGAUGUCUUUGAAUAAGCAAUGGACGUGCAUUAAUACCGAGUAUUUUUCACUCGCGUGGAUUUUUUCCCUUUCAAAACAAAUUAUGUACAUUGCUCUCUAUUUGCCUUUCUAUCUGUAUAAGAAAAAAACCACAACACAACCUCCCUCAAGAAAUAACCAGUAACAGUCGUUGCAGGAUAUUAAAGUGGUAUGAGCUACAA